GGGGAGAUGGUUUCAAACAUUUUUUUAGCACAUGUGGGACGAACAUAAGUUUGUCCAUAAUGACUAAUGUAAACACGACUAAAUAACCGGUGUGUGGUAGUCUUAUCAGCUGUUCAGUGUUCAAUCUCACUGUGAAGAAGUUUAAUCUGAUUCUGUUUUUCAAGACCUCGUGACGAGCUACUACUUACUUCAUUACUUAAUCGAAUUUCCUCAAUUGAAAAAUCCACAUGACAUAUAAGGAAAUGGGUGUAAUGAACGGUAUUACAGUACAACCAUCAAUAGCUGAUGCGGAGAUACGCAAGUCUAUGCAACUUUUGUCUACGGCUUUAAAUGAACACAUAAAAAAAUGCCGAUCAAGCAGUGAUGACGACAAGACAAAGGUUAUGUUCCACCAAGUGGUGGAUUUAAUGCUUGCCGACUGGUCGGCAUUUUUCUUGCCACCAAAGCAUUUGAAGUACAAAAAAGUAUUUCGGCGAGCUCUAGGAAUUCAACCUCAAUUGGCGCAAUUUGAUGAAGAAUCUUUCGAUAUUGAUCGUCACCAACAUGAUCUGGAAUGUUUAGCCAGAAUCGCUCUUUCGAUCAAACGAAAUGACGUCGAAGAAGAAAUCCGCAAAUGGCUGCCUUAUCAACCUCAAAUAAAUAAUCCUACGUUGAACAACGAAACGAAGAUAAAAGACGGCUGGGUAAAAUUGAAAGAUGAAGGAAAAUAUUUAAUUGAAAAGAAGGAAUGGGCGCAAGCCAUGUUUCGAUUCAGUCAAGCAAUCUACCUUAAUUCCGAGGAAGGUAGUCUCUACUGUUACCGGGCCAUGUGCGAAAUUCGUUUGUCCAAAUUCCAGUUGGCGAUUGAAGAUGCUGAAGACGCCAUUGAUCUUAAUCCAAAAUGUUCCGAAUUUCAGAAUACUUUAUCCAAGGCACAUUUGGGAUUGCGCUCUCCUCAAAUCAAGGUCGCCACAAAAUUACCAAAGACAGUGUUACAAGAAAAUCAUAAAUGUGAAGAAGCUUUUCCAGUACUCCAGCGUGCGGCCGAAAACGGUUUGGCUGAAGCUCAAUACCGAUUGGGGCGAAUGCUGAUCUAUGGAGACGGAUGUCCUCGUAACGAGUUGGCGGCCAAAAAAUGGCUUCUUCGGGCCCGUGAUCAAGGAUUCAAACCUAAAGCGCUGAGGACCGAAAAAUGGGUGGAUGACAUGAUGCGGCAUGCCAAGUGUUUAAUUCAAUUCGAAUCGGAGAAUAAAAUCAAGAUCAACGGAUUAAGCCUUGUUAAAAGGAUUGAACGGUUUUCCUUUUUUACCCACUUUAAGUUUGACAGCAUCGACGAACUUUUGGAAUCCGCCAUCACAUUUGAAACUCGCCUUCCAGCCAAACAAUCCAAUUCGAUUAUGAAGCCAGUUGUAGAAGAAUGGAUGCCCUUAAUGAUUGAGAGAGCUAAAACUCGUUCGUUGAAAGCCCAAUCUUUCUUCGUAGCUCAUGAACUCAUCAUUAAAGCUAAGAAGUUACUCAUACAAAACCAAACUGUUGAAUCAUUUAAAAUGCUACGAGAAGCUCGUCGACUUUGGGAUUGCCCCAUCAUCGAUACAACCAUUUUUUCCGAUGCAGCCGAAGAGAUGCUCAAGAACAAUCUCGCGAAUGCUGAAGCCUAUCAUGUCUUGGUUUUCUCAGAUAAGGCGUCAUCCACUGAAAACCAACUUUGGUUGGCCAUGCAGUCAGUUACGCUUGAUCCAUCGAUUCCUGAUUUUCAUUGUGCUCUUGGUCGUGUCUAUGGAAUUAUGGGCGACUAUCAACGUGCUCUACAGUGUAUUGAUCACGCUCUAAAAUUGGCUGUGCAUUCAGAUUGGCUGUAUGAACGCGCGUCGUUUAUUCGAUUGAGCAAGGACAAUCCCGAUUCUGAAGUCAUUAAUGCUUACGAGAAAUACCUUUCUUGCAGUUCAUCCGAUGAUUUUCGCGUCCCUGAUGCCCAUUACUUUAUAGCGUUAGCGUAUUACCUCAUGUCCCAUUCUAAAAAAUUCCGUAUUUCUCUCAAGAACGGCCAAAAGGCUGAGAGCCCUGAAACCCGUCUACCCUGUUUCCUGUCUGUCAGUAAUAGCGAGUGCGUUGCCAAAGAAGUUCUCAAACGCAUUUUGAAGCCGAAAUCUCGAGAGGAUAACAAGCAAAAUGAAGUCAAAAUUUCUGAAAUUUUUUGCGUAGUUUGUUCGAAGUGCAAUCCGUCCAUGUAUUGCCUGUUUUGUCGAAAAUGGGUGUGUGCUAGAGAUGAGCACGAUUUUCAGGGUAUUUUGCACGACUGCCAGGUCAGUCACGUUGCGAAACACAAAUCCGCCAUCGUUGCUUUGUUCUAAAUUGUCUCAUUUUUUCAAAAGUGCUUUCUUUUUUCAUUUAUUUCUCUUUCAAAUUCGCCACACUUGGUCUCUACUGCAAUCCGAUUGUUUCAGGGUUGUUGCUCCUUACUUCUUCCAUUUAUUUAAAUGCGUUUAAACGGAUUGUUUUUUGUGACUUCAAAUGCGCCAUUUCAGCCGAUGGUUUAAUUUUAGGACGCUGUAAGUGGGCUGUCCUCUGGGAAAUUGUUAAUUUCUACACAUUUCCUGAUCUUUUAUAACCGAGUUACGGUAUACAAAUUGAAGUCGUUUCUUUUAAUAAACGGAAACGAUUUUGA